AUGGCAGUUUUCCUCCUGGUGGCCCUCUCCACCUCCCACAUCGCGUCCUCGCUCCGCCCAGGUCUCGGUGUGUGCCGUGCAAGUGGCUACCUUCCAGGAAAGCAAGGCAACUGUGAGAAGAGCAACGACCCCGACUGCUGCGAGGAUGGCAAGAGCUUCGAGAAGGGCAAGGACGGCGGCGGUCCGUCCGAGUGUGACAAUUCCUACCACAGCGAUAAGGAGAUGGUCGUUGCGCUCUCCACCGGCUGGUUCAAGAACAUGGCCCGUUGCGGGCACCGCAUCAAGAUCAGCGCCAAUGGCAAGUCUGUGUAUGCCAAGGUGGUGGACGAGUGUGACUCCGUCUAUGGCUGCGACGAAGACCACAACUACGAGCCCCCGUGUGCUAACAACAUCGUUGACGCCUCUCCUGCGGUGUGGAAUGCCUUGGGGCUCGACCAGAACGUCGGCAUGGAGGGCAUCACCUGGUCCGAUGAGUGA